AUGCACCCUAACCAACAUUUGCCAUUUUUUGUACGAGGAAGCGUUGUUGCUGGAUUUGGGCGAGGUGGUAAAGAAUUGGGCUGUCCAACAGCCAAUCUGGAUGAAGCGGUGGUUAAUGCUCUACCAACGGAUCUCCCAUGUGGUGUUUUCUACGGCUUGGCAAGAAUAGAGGGGAGAGAGGUUGUCAAAAUGGUGGCUAGUAUCGGAUGGAAUCCUCACUAUCAGAACGAGAAGAAAACU